AUGGGCCUGGUCAGAGAGGUGGUCAGGGGCCUCGUCAGAGAGGCGGCCUUGGGCCUCGUCAGAGAGGCGGCCUUGGGCCUCGUCAGAGAGGUGUGGGGAAUAGAGGCAAGGCCAAAUAGGGGAGGCAGAGGCAGAAUACUGUCUGAGCAACAAGAGCAGGCUGUGGUCAAUUUGGUCCAGGCCAGAAAUGAUAUUCGCCUUAGAGAAAUACAGCAGCAUAUCUUGGACAAUGACGACAUGUUCAACAAUGUGGAAGCCAUAAGUUUACCGACUAUUGCACGCAUUCUGAAAAGGCACCAGGUGUCUCUAAAACAACUGUACCGUAUGCCUUUCGAAAGGAAUGCAGACAGAGUGAAGCAACUGAGGAUUGAGUAUGUUCAGAGGGUGAUGGAGCUGGAUGCUGAUGAAAACCAUCACAAAUUCAUAUUUUUGGAUGAGGCAGGCUUCAACAUGGCCAAGACAAGGAGAAGAGGUCGAAAUUUAAUUGGCCAGCGGGCAACCUUCCAAGUACCUGGACAACGUGGGGCCAACAUCACCUUGUGUGCGGCGAUAUCAGAAGAUGGUGUGGUGGGACGCAGCACUCGUAUUGGGUCAUAUAAUGCAGAGUUACUUGUUAAUGCAGGCUUCCUGGAUGAGCUAAGUCAGGUCUGUAGAGCUGAUGGCGUGACCUAUGCCAUUGUGUGGGAUAAUGUCAGGUUCCACCAUUCUCAAUUCGCGCAAGCAUGGUUUCAAGCCCAUCCACAAUUUAAAGCCCUGUACUUGCCCCCAUACUCUCCCUUCCUCAACCCUAUUGAGGAAUUAUUCUCCACAUGGAGGUGGAAGGUGUACGAUAGGCACCCUCAUGAACAAGGUACCCUUCUCCAGGCCAUGGAUGAGGCAUGCAAUGACAUCACGGCAGACCAGUGCCAGGCCUGGAUUCGCCAUGCCCGGAGAUUCUUUCAGAGAGUUCUGUCAAAUGAAAACAUCCAUUGCGAUGUGUAUGAAAACCUGUGGCCAAAUCCACAAGACAGGGUUGAUGGAAAUGUAGGAGAGUAA